AUUAACAAAAAAAAGUGUGGCAACUGAAAGAAAGGAAAGGAUCAUUUUCUCCACCCUGAUGUGCUGUGCUGGGAACAGCGUGUUUGGUUGGGCGCUCUCCACUUCUUUGAUUUUAAUAGAGAAUAUCGCAGAAGGAAGGACAGCUGGAGACAGCCCUCUCUUAACACAAAGAGUUGGGUGUUGGAUCUUCAUCUGACAAAUGACUCGGUUAACUUUGAUUUAACUGUGGCUUUCACAAACUCAGGAGAAAAGGAAAUGAAGUCCAAGACAGGGAAAUACUUUUGCUAAACCCAGAGGCUCUGCAUCUGAAUUCAGUCAGUGUUUCUUACCUAGGCAACCAGCUGCUUUCUGCUGCUGGGAUCCGGAAGGGGAAAUGAGUUCCUUGAAGUGGGCCAAAGCAGGGAAAUGCUAACCACCGCACAGCUGGAGAGUAAGGGCUCUCUUCAUUGCCCUGAAAGGAUUCCCAUUGCUGCUCCAGACGGAACUGAUGUAGUUAAGCCCGAGUUUCCUGGCAAGCGCAGGGAUAGGUUUUUCCAAAAGGCAUUUCAGACCACGAAUGCACAGCCUUUCCAUGUCUAAUCACGAAAGCAAAUCACUGGACACAUGCUCUCUGUUUCCAGCUGGUUGUGUGUGUUUUCUUCACACUUUAACAAAAAACGUGCCAAGGUGUGACAUUUAUAAACCCCGCCAACUGCUAGCCGUGCACACAAAUCCAUCCUGCCUAUGGUGUGGGAAAGUGAUGAAUGGGGGCUGUUCUGCCUGGCGGGGAGGGCUGCUGUCACUCUGGCGAGGCUGCAGCCUUAUUUAUUACACUCCAAAGUAUAAAACCACCCAGCUGCUGCAGCUCUCGUCUCCAGCCCUGGCAUUUGCCGGAGGAGACCACGUUCCCAGGGCCGGCUGGCUGUCUUCUCCAGGAGGCUCUGUGGCCCAGAGGAGAACCAUGCUGGGGAGGCAGCUCAUCUGUUGGCACAUGCUGGCUUUGUUUUUCCUCCCAUUUUGCCUGUGUCAAGAUGAAUACAUGGAGGUGAGCGGAAGAGCUAAUAACGUGGUGGCCAGAAUAGUGCAAAGCCACCAGCAGACUGGCCGUAGCGGCUCCAGGAGGGAGAAAGUGAGAGAGCGGAGCCAUCCUAAAACUGGGACUGUGGAUAAUAACACUUCUGCAGACCUAAAAUCCCUGAGACCAGAUGAGCUACCACACCCCGAGAUAGAUGACCUAGCCCAGAUCACCCCAUUCUGGGGCCAGUCUCCACCAACUGGAGGGCUGCCCCCAGACUGUAGCAAGUGUUGUCAUGGAGAAUACAGCUUCCGAGGCUACCAAGGCCCCCCUGGGCCCCCAGGCCCUCCUGGCAUUCCAGGAAACCAUGGAAACAAUGGCAAUAACGGAGCCACUGGACAUGAAGGGGCCAAAGGUGAGAAAGGUGACAAAGGUGACCUGGGGCCUCGAGGGGAGCGGGGGCAUCAUGGCCCCAAAGGAGAGAAGGGCUACCCGGGCAUUCCACCAGAACUGCAGAUUGCAUUCAUGGCUUCUCUGGCAACUCACUUCAGCAAUCAGAACAGUGGGAUCAUCUUCAGCAGUGUUGAAACCAACAUUGGAAACUUCUUCGAUGUCAUGACUGGUAGAUUCGGGGCCCCAGUAUCAGGUGUGUAUUUCUUCACCUUCAGCAUGAUGAAGCAUGAGGAUGUUGAAGAAGUGUACGUGUACCUUAUGCACAAUGGCAACACAGUCUUCAGCAUGUACAGUUAUGAAACAAAGGGGAAGUCAGAUACAUCCAGCAACCAUGCUGUACUGAAGCUAGCCAAAGGAGAUGAAGUUUGGCUGAGAAUGGGCAAUGGCGCUCUCCAUGGGGACCACCAGCGCUUCUCCACAUUUGCAGGCUUCCUGCUCUUUGAAACUAAGUAAAUGUAGGAGUAGAAUAGUUCCAUUUUGGGGAAGACUUGUAGCUGAGCUGGUAUAGUUAUGAUCUGAGGAACAUUAAUUAAAAGUGAGGGGUGUACAUGCUUAUUUAAAACAAGUAUUAGUUACAUUGAUAACCAUGCUACAGGUAUAUCAAUAAGGUUGGACGACUCAGGGGCUCCGAAGAAUAAACCACAAAACAGUCUUCCCAGAUAACCUUGACUAGUACACUCAGUAUCUUUAUCACUCUUCCCUAGACAUCUGAAAGAGAAUUCUCCUGUGACAGUUUGGAGAUAAUUGUUCCCAUCAGAGAAGUCCUUUGCAGAGUUUUGGCUGCUUUGUUUUUAAUCUAAUACCAGCUUUCAGGACCCCCUGAAAUUUUAAGUUCUUCAUUCUUUAUAACACUUUGGAGAAGGGGGUGCAGUGAUCAUGAGGGACUGGGAUGAGAACAGGUGCACUUGCCUGGACCUAGGCACCAGAAACAUUUGUAAAGCUUAAACUGGGAAAUAACUUUGAUCCAGUGGGUCAAUAUUCAUAAAUAAAACAGAUUUUUUUUUUAAUUCUAGAUAGCUCUUAGUGAAAGUAUUUACAAUGCUCACAAAUAAUUGGCUCCUCUGUUUUUAAAUAAAGAAACUUCCGUAAUUAAAUCUUGACUUUCAGUGGCUUGCAUUUCAGAAAUAGGAUUUUCUCAUAAUCCAGAAUUGUAUUUAUUAGAUCUGGCUUAUAUGAUUGACUUUUUGCCAUUGUGUUUUUUGAAUAACAAUCAAUAUUUGUUGACUCUGGCUUGUGGAACCAGCUGAGGUGAGCUGAGGUGAGCUGAGUUUUAUAUAAAACAGACACAGGCGUAGUCACUUUCUUUUCUUUACAUUUGGAAUUACCCCAUUAUGUUUGUACUUUACACACACUAUUUCACAUUGAAGGGGCUAUAAACUAAAUUAUAUACAUUCAAACUAACAAAAUGCAAAACAUAAGGGUAUUUAAUUGAAGAAACAUACAAGAAAAUGUCUUAAACUUUUAUUCAAUAAAAAAUGAUAUGACUUCUCUGAUAAACUUAUUUGUUCAAUAUUCACGGAGCAGCUUGUUUGUAAUAGGAGAUGCCACUUGAGUCUCUACCCCAAAAUCUAUUCUCAAAGGAUUAAAUUUGCCACCAAAAGGAUAUUCUUAAAAAAAGAAAAAGGGAUAUACAUGAGAAAUGAAUCAUAAGUUCUGAAGCUAGUCUCCAAAGCUGAUACCCCUGCAUUGGUUUAUUUUAGGCAAAGAAAGCAUCAUUGGACUAUGUGUUUACCCUGAUGUUGAAUCAUAUUUAAAAUGUGAUAAUUUCAGUUUGGCACUUUAAAAAUAUAAUUAAAAAAGCAUUAGAGAGAUGCCUAUCUAAGAAAUAUUAUAUUAUGAAUUCCCUUGAAGUAGUGAGCCCUUAAUUUAUUUUCUAUUACAAUUUGAAUUUCCACAUACACUUUCAAACUAUGGGUUUACUUGUAUUGAUUGCCCCUAAAGCUAGAGGCAGAGACAACAAAUUAGGACUUCCCUAUUAGCUAAUUCCAUGCCUCCAUUCCUUUGACCCUCCAAUAUUUUUAAACUCUUCUUAAAUCCACAUAUGAUACUGAAUAGAUAUUACAUUAGUGCUUGACUUAAUGAUUAGUGACCUAUUACAUUAGUGCUUGACCUAAAUGAUUUUGUAUACGGCCCCAUCUGCCCUGGACUGUUAAGGUUUACUAUUACCAAAUGUUAUAAGUAUUUUGUAGAAACAAAUUGCCAAUAGAUGUUUGAAUCUUGCAUGUGGACCAAAGGGAUUUUAUAUCUGAAGAACUUACACUACUAUUAAGUGCCUUAGAAGAAGAUUUUUGAGCUGGGUUUAGAUAAAACUGCGACAACAAAAAUUUAAUAAGCAAUAUAUGGAAAUAAAUCCAUCUUCAUUAAGUGCACUGUUUUUUGAUG